AUGAAACACGACUACGAAGUCAGACUCCUGCUCGGUUCAACCGCAGUCCUCAGCUCCAAUAAUAAGCUGAUAGAGAUCGUCCUAUCGACCUUUAAGAUGCCCCCGACCACAACGAAGCUGAAUGUCCAGUUCUUGGACAAAGGCUCCUUAGAUCUCUAUGCUACUAGCUGGAGUGCUCACAUUCGCAAGAUUAAAAAUAAGAAAGAUCUCGAACUGACCUAUAAGAAACGGUAUACUAUCUGGGAAAGUGACAAUAACGCCGUUUUCAAUUUGGCUAAUAAUGAUGGUUCCAACACUGAUAAGAAAACAUACGAAGCGCAAGUCGAAUAG